AUGGCAUCCUCAAUGGCUUGGAGACGUCUCGCCUCGACGCCGGCGCUCGCGCGCGCCGCUAGGCCCUCGGUCCGGGCCUUUUCCACCACGCGGCCGGCCGCCCGCGUCAUUGUCCCGAAUGGCGUGCUCCGCGCGAAGGAGGCGUCGCCGCACGUCAGCAACAAGUACGCCGUCAUCGACCACGAGUACGAUGCGGUUGUCAUCGGUGCCGGCGGUGCCGGCCUUCGUGCUGCUUUCGGUCUGGCUGAGGCCGGCUUCAACACGGCUUGCAUCUCCAAGCUGUUCCCCACGCGGAGCCACACUGUUGCUGCCCAGGGCGGUAUCAAUGCCGCUCUCGGAAACAUGCAUGAGGACGACUGGCGGUGGCACAUGUUCGAUACCGUCAAGGGCUCCGACUGGCUCGGUGAUCAGGAUGCCAUCCACUACAUGACGCGCGAGGCCCCUGCCUCCAUCAUCGAGCUCGAAAACUAUGGCUGCCCCUUCUCAAGAACCGAGGACGGCAAGAUUUACCAGCGUGCCUUCGGUGGCCAGUCCAAGGAGUACGGCAAGGGCGGCCAGGCCUACCGCUGCUGCGCUGCUGCUGACCGUACCGGCCACGCUCUUCUGCACACCCUCUAUGGCCAGUCCCUGCGCCACAACACCAACUACUUCAUCGAGUACUUCGCCAUCGACCUGCUCAUGCAGGACGGCGAGUGCCGCGGUGUCCUGGCCUAUAACCAGGAGGACGGCACGCUGCACCGCUUCUUUGCUAACAACACCGUUCUGGCCACCGGCGGCUACGGCCGUGCCUACUUCAGCUGCACUUCGGCCCACACCUGCACCGGUGACGGCAUGGCCAUGGUUGCCCGUGCCGGCCUCCCCAACCAAGAUCUCGAGUUCGUGCAAUUCCAUCCCACCGGUAUCUAUGGCGCUGGCUGCCUGAUCACCGAGGGUGCCCGUGGUGAGGGUGGCUUCCUCCUCAACGCCAAGGGUGAGCGCUUCAUGGAGCGCUAUGCUCCGACCGCCAAGGAUCUUGCCUCCCGUGAUGUCGUCUCCCGCUCCAUGACCUUGGAAAUCCGCGAGGGCCGCGGUGUUGGCCCUGAGAAGGACCACAUCUACCUGCAGCUCAGCCACCUGCCUGCUGAGGUCCUCAAGGAGCGUCUGCCCGGUAUCUCGGAGACGGCUGCUAUCUUCGCUGGUGUCGACGUCACCAAGCAGCCCAUCCCUGUCUUGCCCACCGUCCACUACAACAUGGGUGGUAUCCCGACUCGCUACACUGGUGAGGUGCUCACCAUCGACGAAAACGGCAACGACAAGGUUGUUCCUGGCCUGUUCGCUUGCGGUGAGGCUGCUUGCGUCUCUGUCCACGGUGCCAACCGCCUGGGUGCCAACUCGCUUCUCGACUUGGUUGUCUUCGGCCGUGCCGUCUCACACACCAUCCGCGACAAGUUCACUCCUGGCGCCAAGUUGAAGCCUGUCGAAGCCGACAUUGGCCACGAGUCGAUCGAGGUCCUCGACAAGAUCCGCACCUCGGACGGUCCCAAGAGCACUGCUGAGGUCCGUCUCGCCAUGCAGAAGACCAUGCAGCGCGAGGUUAGCGUCUUCCGCACCCAGGAGAGCUUGGACGAGGGUGUCCGCCAGAUCAAGGAGAUCGACCAAAUGUUCAACCAGAUCGGCAUCAAGGACCGCAGCAUGAUUUGGAACUCGGAUCUCGUCGAGACCCUGGAGCUCCGCAACCUGCUCACCUGCGCUACCCAGACCGCCCACGCCGCCGCUGCCCGCAAGGAGUCUCGUGGCGCUCACGCCCGCGAGGACUACCCCGAGCGCGACGACGAGAACUGGAUGAAGCACACUCUCAGCUGGCAGAAGCAGCCUCAUGGCCCUGUCGAGCUCAAGUACCGCCGCGUCAUCACCAACACCCUGGACGAGAACGAGUGCAAGCCUGUGCCGCCCAUGAAGCGCGUGUACUAA